AUGCCGGUCCCCAACAAGCCUGUUAGCAUCGGUCGUUCUCAGAGCUGGGAUGCUGCUGGCUGGUAUGACAGCAGUUGGGGACAUGAGAGCGGCCUGGACUACCCGAGACCGUCCCUCAGCAGGAGGAGCUCUCUGACUCCCGGUGGCCAGCAGGUCUGGUACGAGCAGCCCAGUCCUCAGGGCCCCGAGCUCGUGAUGCACGGAGGGCUGGAGCUCAGACAAGAGCCGUACCUGUACCAGGACGCCGCCGUGUUGGCUGCGGGUCCCCCAAGGAAGGGUUCUGCUCCUGAAUUUCUGUAUUAUGACAGCAGGCAGGUAGCGAUGUCUGGACGCAGUCCUCUGCCCUCGCAGGACUUCUACGGUGACCCCUCAGCAGCAGGCAGAUCCCCUAAAGAGCCUCCCUACUUUAGGGAGCAAACAGUUAACAGACCAGGGCUGAAUUAUGGGAUACCCGGAAGCCGAUUGGCGUGGGAUCAGAUACAAGGUCGGUCACCUGCCGCUCAUGAAGCCAGUCACCUUUACCGAGAUCCUGGGGGGAAAACGAUCCCCGAGGGCCAGAGACUCCGGAGCCGUGACGCCUCUUUCGCCAGGUAUGGAGCCGACCCUCCUCCUCUGAGGUACAGGGCAGAGGCACCGGUGUAUCCCAACCAGCCCCUCUUGAAUGAUGUAGGUGUGAGGCCCCUCGAGCCCCCUCCCGUUGCCAGGCAGACAGCACCAACGUGCUUAGUGGUUGACCCCAGUCUGUCCUCUGUGGCCGAGGGGAACCCGGGGCUCUCGGCAGGCCCCAUGAGCCGCAGCUAUGGUCCGGCCCAGGAAGCCCUCAAUGCCAAGGUGGCGUAUGAGACUUAUGGGCCCGGCGCGGCCCCUUUGCAGACCCCGACAUCGGUGGCUUUCUCUGGGCAGGACAGCAAGAGGAACGUGGAGCCCGAGUUCAUGGCCCUUCUGAGGACGGAAGGCGUGUCAGAGAGCACGAUUGGUGCCUUGCUUCAGCAGGGGUUCGAUUGUCCCAAUGUGUUGGCCAUGAUGGAGGAAAAUGAUAUUAAAUCUGUCGCCCCCAACCUGGGCCAGGCACGUGUCCUGUCCCGGCUGGCCGGUCACUGCCGGGCCGAGCUGCAAGGCCGCAAGGGCCCCUCGUCACGCCCCAGGACCCGGUCCAACAGCUUCAGCCAUCAGAGUGAUCUUCUGCCCAAUGACUACUUGGGACAGCCUGGCCCAGGCACCAUGGUGGGUGGCAGCCCCGUCCAGCACCAGUCCAUUUUCCCACUGCAUUCAGUCUCGCCCCGCUCAGAAGUGACUCGCAGACCCUCUAGUGCACCGUCUCAGCACCUUCUAGAGACAACCACCUACUCCGCCGCUGGCAUGGCCCAGCCAAACGCUCAUUUCCCACCAAACCCAGGAUACAAUUCUCCUGUGCCAUGCACUGUAAAUGCCCGCUUGGGACCAUGUUACUCCCCCCAGGCUGGCAUAGCGAUGACCACCACAGUACAGAACAGCGUCCACCCCAGUCCCAAGACCGCCUACUCUACCGCUUACACGGUGCCCAUGGAGCUAAUGAAGCGGGACCGGACGUCCGCUGUGUCUCCUCUGCACAGCCCCCACAGCAGCCCCCAGCUGCUGAGAAAACCCAGUGCUCCGACGGAUGCCGCCCUGCCUCCGGCAGCCAGCCAGAGCCUCCACACGCCUCACUCUCCGUAUCAGAAGGUGGCCAGGCGCACCGGAGCCCCCAUCAUCGUGUCCACCAUGAUCUCACCUGAACAAAGUAUCCGCCCCCAAAUCAUGAAUGGCCCCCUGCACCCCCGACCCCUGGUGGCCCUGCUGGACGGGCGCGACUGUACCGUGGAGAUGCCCAUCCUGAAGGACUUAGCCACAGUAGCAUUUUGUGAUGCACAAUCAACUCAGGAGAUCCACGAGAAGGUAUUAAACGAGGCCGUCGGAGCCAUGAUGUACCACACGAUCACCCUCACACGGGAGGACCUGGAGAAGUUCAAGGCCUUGCGGGUCAUCGUGCGCAUAGGGAGCGGCUACGAUAACAUCGACAUCAAGGCGGCAGGAGAGCUGGGGAUUGCUGUGUGUAACAUCCCCUCGGCAGCCGUGGAAGAGACAGCCGACUCUACCAUCUGCCACAUUCUCAACCUCUACCGGCGAAACACCUGGCUGUACCAGGCCCUGCGGGAGGGCACGCGGGUCCAGAGCGUGGAGCAGAUCCGCGAAGUGGCCUCAGGGGCGGCACGCAUCCGCGGGGAGACGCUCGGCCUCAUCGGCUUUGGUCGCACCGGGCAGGCCGUCGCCGUCCGAGCCAAGGCCUUUGGCUUCGGUGUCAUAUUCUACGACCCGUACUUGCAGGACGGCAUUGAGAGGUCCUUGGGCGUCCAGCGGAUCUACACCCUCCAGGACCUGCUCUACCAGAGCGACUGUGUGUCUCUGCACUGUAACCUCAACGAACACAAUCACCAUCUGAUAAAUGACUUCACCAUCAAGCAGAUGAGACAAGGCGCCUUCCUGGUGAAUGCGGCCCGCGGUGGGCUGGUGGACGAGAAGGCCCUGGCCCAGGCCCUCAAAGAGGGCAGGAUACGAGGGGCAGCACUAGACGUGCAUGAAUCAGAACCUUUUAGUUUUGCUCAGGGCCCACUGAAAGACGCACCAAAUUUAAUUUGUACGCCGCACACGGCUUGGUAUAGUGAGCAGGCAUCACUGGAGAUGAGGGAGGCAGCCGCGACGGAAAUUCGCCGAGCAAUCACAGGGCGCAUCCCAGACAGCUUAAGAAACUGCGUGAAUAAAGAAUUCUUCGUCACUUCUGCUCCCUGGUCCGUAAUAGAUCAACAGGCCAUUCAUCCAGAGCUCAAUGGUGCCACCUACAGAUACCCACCUGGCAUAGUCAGCGUUACGCCUGGAGGAAUUCCUGCAGCUAUGGAAGGCAUCAUUCCAGGAGGGAUUCCCGUUACUCAUAAUCUUCCAACCGUGGCCCAUCCUUCCCAAGCUCCCUCUCCUAACCAGCCCACAAAACAUGGGGACAAUAGAGAGCACCCCAACGAGCAAUAGCAGAUAAUUUAAUGAAAAUAAUCAUUUACAUGAACUUGGGACCAAGAAGCAGUGAACAAUGAACAGGAACUACGAGAAAAGGAAUUUGAUGUAGAAUUCACAACAUGGAUUCUAGACCGAUGCAUCACUGACGUUGCAGCAUUGAAGGAGAUCCAAAGGCGAGAUGGGGAGAACCACCCGGCAGUCAACAUCUCUGCUUACAAGUGCUGGAAAGCUAGGAUGUGGUAACAUUAACAACCAACUUCUGUUAUUGUGUGUUAAGUUUUUUUCAUCUGUGCACCAAUCACAAGAAUCAAUAGAUCUUUUUCCUUUCUCAAUCCCUUGGGAAUAGCAGGUCCUAGAUAUCUGCUUUAGAUGUUGCAUCAAGAGAUCCAACCAUCUGAAUAUGAAAUUGCAGAGAGGAAACCUACUCCUGGGACUCGAGCCUCUUCUGACCACGUGUGGCUGGUUACCUCUUUGGCUAGGAGGAUAAACUAUCACAAAAAUGAGGAGAAAAUGGUUUUCCUAUAUUAGACACUACACAGCAUAAGAUACUGAAGACAGUCAAGUUUCCUGUGUUACAGUGAAACCUAUUUCUCCCUCAUCUGAACUAUAUACACACACACCCUGAGCGGUUGGCUGUAAGCUCAGUAAAACCCUCUUAAUGAUGCAAAAAAAAAAAAAGAAAGAAAGAAAAAAAGUAUUAAAUUUCACAAGCUGUUUGUACUCAAAUAUAUUUUCUCAGUUUCAGAUCCUCAGCUAUUUUAUUGAGUGGAAAGUCUUGAGCUGGAAGAGCUCAAGAAGAAUAACGUUGCAUUUCCUUAUGUCUCAGGAAACACUUUUUAUGGUAAUUUGUCAGAUGUCUAUGAACAAAACCCACUUUUUUAGACAUUGAUAAAAGCCUUCUUUUCUUCACGUGCUAUUUUAUACAAGAACACUUCCAAUGUGUUGUUAGGUGUGACUGAUUUUAACAAAUCCUAUUAGAUUUGUAUCAGCUAGUUACAUGUUCUAUUCAUAGUCUUUUGUGAAUCCUCGCCUUUUUGUUUUAAAAAGAUGGCCUGCUUUGAGCCUUUGUAUAGGUACAUUCCUGUUUCUGUGACAAAAGAAAUCUUGCAAACUGUCCCAAACAGAAAACCGAGAAUGGCUGUCAGCAAGCGGGGUGUUUUGUUUUAGUGUGUUCCCCGUUCUUGUAUUUGUUUAUUGUAAAGGUGAACAUUUAGCCUUCAGUGCAGUUUUCAAUAAAAGUGAUCAAAACUUCA